CUCGAGUUCUUCGUAAUCUUAUUCUCACCCACGUGGUGACUCACUGCCUCGGCUCCCGUGUUCGUUCGUCUCCAUAUGCGGGGAAAAUUUUCGUAUGCUCUUCCAUUUCUUUCAACUACCCACCGUUUGCCCCACUAGUUCUUCGAAUUCGAUGGUGUUUAGACUUCGAAUUUGAUGAAUCUUGUGUUGAUUUAGGCCUUUUUUUUUUGUUGUCUUUUCCUAAUCUCGUUUGUUUUUAUGUUAUUUUCUCGUUGUUCGAUUCGAUAUGAUGAUGAGUAAUGGAGAUCAGGAGGAGGAGGAGGCGGGCCUCCACUCGUCUCGUGAAGAAAUGGAGAGUUUGGUUCUUGACGAUCCUCCCGUCACCCAAUCUCAAGGUCGGAACAGUCAAUUGAGUCGGCCGGUGACGAUUAACUACGAUCCCUUGCUUUCGUCGUCGCCCUCUUAUGCGGACCGUCAAAGCCCUGAUUCGCCUUUCGAUUCGUUUCUUGAGCCUCCUUCUUAUGCUGAGGCGAUUUUCACGUCUUUUGAUUCAUCGUCCAAUGGUCGCGAUGGUAGCCCUGACUUCUCCACUACAGCGAACGCUUUGAGCUCUGAGUUCUUGAGUAUUUCGGUUUCGGAUCCGCAGAGAAUGGAUGAGCUGAACAAUUCGUUGGUUCCCGGUGGAAGUGGUUUUUACACGUAUCUGAUUACGACGAGGACGAAUCUUCCUGAAUACGGGGGACCUGGAUCCGAAUUUGGUGUUCGAAGGCGUUUCAAGGAUGUUGUCGCAUUGUCUGAUCGGUUGCUGGAGACGUACCGUGGGUUUUUCAUACCGAUGAGGCCGGAUAAGAACGUGGUGGAGAGCCAAAUGAUGCAGAAACAGGAGUUUGUGGAGCAUAGGAGGGUUGCAUUAGAGAAGUAUUUGAGGAAAUUGGCAUUGCAUCCAGUAAUUCGGAAAAGUGAGGAGUUGAGAAUGUUUUUGGAGGCGAAGGGGUCAUUACCAUUAGUUAGAAGCACUGAUGUAGCUUCAAGGAUGCUUGAUGGAGCGGUGAAGCUGCCGAGGCAGCUAUUUGGGGAACCAACUGCGGCUGUGGAUUUGCAGGAAGUGGCAAAACCUGCAAAAGGGGGCAGAGAUUUGUUGAGAAUCUUCAAGGAAUUGAAGCAAUCAAUGUCCAACGAUUGGGUUGGGGCGAAGCCGAUGGUGGUGGAAGAAGAUAAGGAGUUUUUGGAGAAGAAAGAGAAAUUAAUGGACAUUGAACAGCAACUUAUCGAUUUGUCUCUACAGGCCGAAUCACUUGUGAAAGCUCAGCAAGACAUCGGAGAGACAAUGGGAGAACUGGGUUUAGCAUUUGUAAAGUUGUCCAAAUUUGAGACUGAAGAAGCUAUCUUCGAGUCUCAAAGAUUUCGAGCUGCUGACAUGAAAAAUUUGGCCACUGCUGCUGUUAAAAGUAGCAGAUUGUAUAGAGAACUAAAUUCACAAACAGUGAAGCAUUUGGAUAAGCUUCACGAUUAUCUUGGAGUUAUGUUAGCUGUCAACGGUGCAUUUUCUGACCGAGCAAGUGCGCUGCUGACAGUUCAGACCCUAUCAUCAGAUCUAUCUUCCUUGCAAACGAGGAUCGAGAAGCUUGAGGUUGCUUCGUCCAAGAUAUUUGGUGGAGACAGGUCCAGGUUGCGGAAAAUUGAAGAGUUGAAAGAUACUGUGCAUGUUACAGAGGAUGCUAAGACUCGUGCAGUAAGAGAAUAUGACCGCAUCAAGGAAAACAAUAGGAGUGAGCUCGAGAGGCUCGACAGGGAGAUGCAAGAAGACUUCAAGAAUAUGUUAAAAGGCUUUGUCCUUAAUCAGGUGGGAUAUGCAGAGAAAAUGGCAAAGGCUUGGGAGAAUCUUGCAGAAGAAACUAGAGGUUAUGUAAAAGAGAGCAGCUGAAAAGUAUGUAGCUUUUUACAAGUAUGUAUACAAACAUAUACCUUUUGCAUUUAUGAGGAGUUUCUUGUAGAUUUAGCGAGCGGUUCGAGCGAUUCGGUGUACGUUGUGAUCUUGUAAACUCUAUAUCUUUGAGUCUAAAAUAUAUUGUAUUCAAUAAAAACUACUUGCAAAUUAA